CCAGGCCAGGUCACUUCUCUCGGGUUUUUUCUUCGACGCGGGGCGUAACACACGGAUACCUUUACGAGAGGGGGGGGGUUCGCAGUGCGAGUGGUUCAGGUGUGUGAGGGAAAGAGCCCAAUAUUCUGAAAGAAAUUCCAUUAAUGAAAAUUUGCCCGUAAUUAUAGCUCCGAAUAGCCAAAUUGACCUCCGCGCGGGGAUAAUUGCUCCCGGAGGCAGUUCGGUGGCGAACGGGGUAAGGCCGGGGUUCCCAGAAGAAGAAUUCAGAAGAAUACAGUGAAAUUCGUGGAAUAGAGAGCAGCGCGAGCGGCGAAGGUGGUGUAACAGCUCCACAUCCGGGGGCUUCAAGAAGAUACCCAGUCCGAAUUAUGCACAGAGGUCUGAUACAAGGGCAGUUGGGCGGUUGGGCGCAAAGGGGUUGACGAUAAGGCGACUGCCUCAAGGAAUUGCAGUGUGGAGAAAAGUGUGACACAGGCACAAUGCAGAAGGGAAAAGGGAGUUCGCAAGGAUAGCUCGUGCAUUCCGUAGCUUGGUGAAGGGAACACAAGGAAGGGUUGAGUAGCGAAGACCGUUUCGAGAGGUGUUCGGAGUGGGGCCGCGUACAACAAAGUAAGCGUACAUCUCACAAAUUGGUGCAAUUUUUACCCAUCAAAAGGGGUGAGAAGACACAUCAAGUGUCAGAAGGGGGAAAGGGAGUGAAAGAAGCCAGAAUACCUGAGGUGCUACAGGUUUUGUGUGCAGGAAUCAAAGGAGCCCGAAAAAGUGCGUAAGGUGGAUGAGGGCAAGUGCUGAAAACAUCGAAGAAGGCCGAAAAUUGUGCAAUACAGGAGUUCAACCAAUGAGCAAAUAAAUCUACACAGAGGAAUCUACUAGGAAAAGUCAAGUCGAAAACCAUGGAUGAACGCCUGCUGAACGACCUGCUCGAGUGUUCCGUGUGUCUGGAACGGCUCGAUACGUCCUCGAAGGUGCUUCCCUGCCAGCAUACCUUCUGCCGAAAGUGUUUGGAGGAAAUCGUUGCCAGCCACCAGGAGUUGCGAUGUCCCGAGUGUCGGGUUUUGGUGGAAAUCAAAAUCGACGAGCUGCCGCCGAACGUGCUGCUGAUGCGGAUACUGGAAGGCAUGAAAACAGCUGAGCUGAAUAAUCAAAACACAAACAUAAACAAAGCAGCCCGAACCGGCGUCGGAGGCAACGGUGGUGGCGGCGGUGGUAACAUCUUCAACCUGCAAUUGCAACUGCAACAACAGAACCAUCCAAGCAUAGCUUUCCAAGGUUCUUCGCAGCAGCAACAACAACUUCAGCAGCACCAUGCGAAAAACAGCAAAAAUGACCAUCCCCACCUCCAGCAGCAGCAGCACCACCACCCCCAUCAGCAGCAAAGUAGUCAACAGAAUCAAGGCCAGCAUGGCCGGAUUAUUGCGACCAACGGCCAGGCGCUGGACCUGUCCAAAAUCCCACACGCGAAAGCAUUCUACGACUUUGCCUCCAGUGAAACCAGUGACAUCAGCUUCAAGAAGGGCGACAUCAUCAUCCUCAAGAAGAAGAUCGAUCACAACUGGUGCGUGGGUGAGGUCAACGGUAAGGAGGGCGCGGUUCCGCUGAACCACCUGCAGGUCGUAGUUCCGCUGCCAUACCCGCAGUGCAAAGCGCUGUACGACUUUAGCAUGGGCCCGAACGAGGAGGAGGGCUGUCUGACGUUCAAGAAGGGUGCGCUGAUCCACGUGCUGCGCCGGGUGGAUCAAAACUGGGCCGAGGGACGUAUCGCGGACAAGAUCGGGAUCUUUCCGAUUUCGUUCGUGGAGAUGAACAUCCUGGGCAAGCAGAUGAUGGACGCCGCGUUGAAGCACAUCCUGGCCAGUGCCUCCAACAACCGGACCGUCCCGCCGACUCCGUUCGACCUGAACGCCAGUGAUACGACCAGCUCCAGUGUAACCACGAGUCCAAACUCUUCCACCAGUACGACCAGCUCAAACUCCAGUACGGCACCCAGCAGUCCGACGUCGCACUUCUUGGCGACGGCCGCGGCCGAGGCCGCCGCUUCCGGAGGUGGCCACUCCAACAACAAGAACCACAAGGAGAAACGCCACUCGUUGACGACCUUUGUGGCGAGUUCCAGUAGUGGAGUGACCGUCGGAGGAUCGCUGCAUCAACCCAACCGCCACUCUGCCGAGAUUCUCAACACGCCGGAUGCCGGCACGGAGAGGCAACCGGCAGCAGGAAGUUCUGGAGCGACUUCAAUGGUAGAACAACCGCGGGCUGCCGCCGCCGCCGCCGCCAAUACCAAGGCUAGUCAGCUGUUCCAUCAGCAUCCCCAACUGCCAGCGACCUACAUCGCACUCUACCCGUACAAGCCCCAGAAGCCGGACGAGCUGGAGCUCAAGAAAGGAUCAAUCUACUACGUAACGGAGCGCUGCCAGGACGGCUGGUUCAAGGGCGCCAACCGGCAGCAGAAAACCGGCGUCUUCCCGGGCAACUACGUCACCGUGUACAAAGGCCGCGAGGGUGGCCACGCCAGCCGUAACAAUCCCCAAGCCCAAGGAUCCCAGGGACCAUCGCCACCCGGAGCUGCUGGAAGCGGAACCGGUCCCGGAACCCCAAAUCCGUCCAACAACCUAGCCCAAAUCACGCUACCUGCCUUACCGCCGCGGGACACCACGGCUUCCAGCAACCCGGCUCCGGUGUGGACCAAGCAACAGAACCAGCAGCAGCAGCAGCAGUCGUCCGGGAACUACAUUGACUCGCUGUUUGGCCGCAAGUCGAAUGGAACUUCGGCGGAGAAAAAUGGAUCAGGGGCUGCUGCGGCAGCUGCCAACGGAGCAGAACACGCAGCGCAACCGAUCAAGGAGAAGAAAGACUCGUCGGCGGUCAGCUUGAUGAAGCGCUUGACCAACAUCAAGCGGUCCAAGUCUCCGACGACGAGCGGUGGAACCGCCAACCCGGCGUACUCCAUGGACAAUCCAGUGUUUGAGGACAGUGCGGCGUCCGCUUUGGCCAAGCCAAAUCUGCAGCAGAUCAUCAAUCCGGUUCAUGUCAGAUCCGGGUCGUGUCCCAGUCAACUGCUGCAGAACCUUCCAGCGGACCUGCUCGCCGCCCAGGGUCGUGAAAAUGUUCCUUACAUGUACGGAUCCCAGCGGGUUAAACCCCACAAGGAACGACCUUCGAUGCAUGGCAUCAAAAGCGAGUCAUCCGGCAAGAGCUCCUCGAAACAUGCGGCACUCCAGCAGCAACUGCACCAGCAAUCGCACGAGGCACCGGCCUCGACGUCCCACGGCGCCCAGAAGCAAUCUCACCACGUGUAUCAUCGGAAAUCUCAGAGUCUGGACGCGAGCGCCAUCCUGACGCAGAUGAACGGCGGCACUGGAACGCCUUCGAAGUCGUCGUCCAAGUCGCACGUGGUGCGGGAAAGAUUCAAGUGCAUCGUCCCGUACCCACCCAACAGCGAGUACGAGCUGGAGCUGCGCGUCGGCGACGUGGUGCUAGUGCACAAGAAGCGCGAAAACGGCUGGUACAAGGGCACCCACCAGCGAUCCGGCAAGACCGGUCUCUUUCCGGCUUCGUUUGUCGAGCCGGACAUUUGAUGCCGUAACAACACCAACAAGAAUUAAAAUCCGAGAUCUGUGUAAAAAAAACUCGUAAGUUUUGGGCUCGAUAAAGGAGGGAAACGCAAGUAUUAUGAAGAAAAACAAGUUUAGCAAGUCUCUGUAGUCGUUCGUUUUAUCGUAACAGUGGUACUAGAAUUAUAGCAUUUCUUUUUUACGUUAACACCGGUUAUCUAGAAAUUACGAUUGAAUAGUGGGUAAGGCAUGGAUUAGGACAAACAAAAAGCUUAAGUUGAGACAACACAAACACACUUAAAAUUAGGCCAACAAAAAGUGCAAAUUUGUACCUAAUUUUUCUCUAUUGGGUCUUUUAAAGUCUGAUUACAAAGUUAAAAACAUGUUUUAAAAACGUUAACGUAAUGUCCUGAAAAAUUAUAUAUAUAUAUGAUAUAGACAACAUAUGUUUAGCGUGUAGAAAUGACACUCGAAAGUGAAUCAAAAGCACCCCAAUGGAAAAAAAAACCUUAUUCUCGAUGGACCACAAAAAUGAUUAAAAUCAUGUUCAAGUUGGUUUCAGCAUACUCUCUAUCGACAAAACGAAAAACUCCAGUCAAGUUGUGCUAAAUUAAUCGUAAAUAUUGUGUGUUUUUGAGUUUAUCAUCAAGUUCAUUCCAUGAUUAUGAAUAAUACAAUUAUUACGCAAAUGCAUUGUACAAAACCUUCCUCUCUUACAUUAUUCUAGCCCAAUAUCAUUGAUGUUGUGUUUCAUUACAGAAAAGAAAAAAAAAAACAAAACUCUAAUGCAACCCAUAGCAAAUUCAUGCAACACAAAACAAAAAAAAACUCUUUUUCAUUAGCUAAUCUAUAACCAACAAAUCGCGUAACGUGUUUCAUGUGCAUUCGAACUAUAAUAGCAAUAGCAAAAAUCUAUUUCAAAGUAAACACAAAAGCAUAUUAUAUAUUGUCUAACAAGAAAACAAAAUGCUACCGAGAAAGUAUAAUUUAAUAACUAUAUAAACUAAAGUGUAAACACAACACAAGAAAAAAAGCGCAUACAAUGUUAAUCGUGCAAAAUCAAUUAGACAAAAAACAAACGCAAACCAUACUCACAAACCGACACGUUUUGAUUUUGAAAAUCUUUUAAGGUAUUUACUGUUUUUAAAUAAGCAAAAAAACAGCAGAAGAAAAAAAAUCAUGAUAGAUUCACUCACUUUCUCUCUAGUUAGAGCGACUAAGCCAUUUGCACAAAAAAAAGAAUCGAGUAGAGGAAACACGCAACAAGAGCAGCAGCAGAAGCAGCGCAGCAACAGAAAACAGGGUGAAUUUACAAAAAUGUUCAGUCAAAAUUGUAACGAAAACGCCACACACUUUUUCAAACACACGCUAAAUUGGCGCUGCCUUUGACAAAUGGAAUUUUUGCGGAAAAGUCUGAGAGCGUUUGGCUGCGUUGGUUGCUCUCGCUCCCAGAGUGUUGAAAGGAGAAAUGUGAUUCGGUUGAAGGAUGCUGAGCGAGCUAGAUAUUGCUUCCGAUGCAAUAUGGUGGAAAUCUGAUGAUAAUGAAAUGUUAUGGAAACAGGUAUACUCGUACUUUAAAUAUAAAUUAAUGCUAUAUGAAAGAAAAA